AUGCAACUUUCUCAUCCUCCCUCCACCUCCCGCCUUUAUCGUGUCUCCCUCCACCUCCCGCCUUUAUCGUGUCUCCCUCCACCUCCCGCCUUUAUCGUGUCUCCCUCCACCUCCCGCCUUUAUCGUGUCUCCCUCCACCUCCCGCCUUUAUCGUGUCUCCCUCCACCUCCCGCCUUUAUCGUGUCUCCCUCCACCUCCCGCCUUUAUCGUGUCUCCCUCCACCUCCCGCCUUUAUCGUGUCUCCCUCCACCUCCCGCCUUUAUCGUGUCUCCCUCCACCUCCCGCCUUUAUCGUGUCUCCCCUCCAUCUUCCAUCUUCCCCCUCUCUCCGCUUCUGCCCCUUCCUCUUCCCUGUCCCCUCGAAUUCUGGGAUGCAGAGAUGCGGCAUGUAGAGGCCACGCGGCAUGCAGAGGCCACGCGGCAUGCAGAGGCCACGCGGCAUGCAGAGGCCACGCGGCAUGCAGAGGCCACGCGGCAUGCAGAGGCCACGCAGCAUGCAGAGGCCACGCGGCAUGCAGAGGCCACGCGGAUCCUGGAUGCGGAGGCAACAGGGGUGCUGCGCCAGGAGCGCAACAUGCCGGACUUCAAGCCGGGGUACGUGCUCUCCAUGAAGAUUGUACGUGCUCUCCAUGAAGAUUCGCCUCGAAAGGGCUUGUGUGCUAGUACUGAUGUUGUCUGGCUUCUGUUCCACAUUCCGUCGCCCUCACACUUGCCGCCAUCCUCCUUCUCCCCCUCUCGCCCUCUCUCCCAGGAGGUGCCUGAGAACAAGCGGCGCACGUCGAUAGUGAAGGGCAUCGUGAUCGCGCGCAGGAACGCCGGCAUCGGCUCCACGUUCCGCAUCCGGCGCAUGCUGGCCGGCGUGGGCGUCGAGAUGUCCUUCCCCCUGUGA